UCGGUCCAUGAGUAGCACAUUUUCAACUAUGAUAAAUUAUACACUGCUGGAUGUUUUAAGAAGAUUAAAACGUAUACAAGCUAUGCAUGAGAUAAGCACAGACUUAGGUCCCAAUUUUAGAUUCCCCAGGCAAGAAAACAAACGACUUGGAAAUAAUUCAAGUGUCUUUAAAGUAACUGAGUUUCCAUCAACUGAUGAAAUGAUUAACAUAAUUAAAAAGGCCCAAGAAGACGCACUAUCUGACGCUAAAAAAAUUGGGAUGGAAAUGAACAGGGAUUGUUGUAUAGAAAUUAAUUUACCGACUUGUGACAAUCCGGAAGAGCAAGAAGAGGUGCAGGGAAGUAUAAUUAUCACUGAUACCAUUUCAAAGGAACAUGAGCCAGACCUCGAGCCAGACUUUUCUAAUGAAGACCGGGAGUUUCUUGAAUAUACCUCUACAUUUAAUAAUUAUGACUCUUUGCAUUUGAGAGACUAUACGGGUCAAAAGAAAGCACAAAAAUCGUGUCUGUCAGUGACACUUAAAGACAAAAAAACACGAAUUAUAAAAAAAUCUACUCUAAUUUGGUUUUUUCAGGAAAAACAGGGUCGUUUAUCAACCGACAGACUGCUCCGGGUAAAGGGAAUGACAGUUAAAAAUACGCAUAAGGGGUUAUCAAAAAAAAAACAGUUCAGGAAAAAGCCAGGCCAAGGACUUCAACCAGCAGGCAAUAUCAAAAAAAGAAAAAUGUUUCGUCAACCUCAUGAACGAGCUCAUAAAGAUAGUACAUCUGAAUCUCGAUCUGAAUCAGAUGAGAUUAGCUUAGAAAGUGAAACUUUGAGUGAAGAUUUCUCUGACUUAGAAGAUUGCCAUAACGAAAGUACAAAAAUGCCAGUAAUUCAGCUAGAAUCUUAUUAUGCUGUGUUUUAUGAUACACAAUGGUAUCUAGGGCGUGUCAUCAACAGCUACAGCUCAGAAAAGUUUAAAGUGAAAUUUUUACAACAAGACCUGGAUACUUUUAAGUGGCCCAAAAAAGAUGAUAUCCAAGAUGUUCACAAAGAGUUUAUAUUUUAUGGACCAGUUAGUCUAAGCGGAACUGAACCAUUUUCUUUAAAAAGAAAUGAUUUGAUUGCUAUUAAACAGAAAUACAAAACAAUCAAAUCCAUCAAAUCAUUAAAAAAUUAAACAUAUUUUUUUAUGUUAUUUAUUAUGUUAAUAAAGCUACUUUGCUUAAU